AUGAUAUAUUGUAAUACAUGUAAUUCUAUAUUCAAUGUAAAAUUAUUGAGUAGUAACAAUUUAAAGUACGAAGAUUGUUAUAGGGAUAUAUACAAUUGUGAUAAGGUAAAGGAUAAAAAUGAUUCAAAGAACAUCUUAAGUUGGUUGUUGUAUAAAUAUUUCUGUGCGAAUAUAAUUGCAAUUAUACUUAUAAUAUUAAUAAUUUGUAGUAUUGAUGAUUAUGAAAAAUCAGUACUUCUUUUAAGAGAUACCUAUGGAAGAAAUUUAAGCGAAGGUACAUUUUCAUCAUCUGAAGAAAGCGUAUAUGUUAAAAGAGCUCCAUUUUGCUGUUUUUAUUUAUUUUAUCUUAUGUUUUCAAGAAGGUCCCCUGAAAGAAAUAGUGUUAAUAGUAUAUAUGAGGGUAAUGAUGAGGAGGUAGUUAUUUUGGAUGAGCUAAGACAUGUAUCGGAUAUAUCACGUAAAAAGGAAAUAGAGAAAAUAUUUGAGAAAUCUUAUGAAAUGAAUGAGUGUAACGUAUUUACAAUGUGUGACGAAUUUUUUAGAGAUUUAUGUGAUGAUGAAAUGUGUAAAAAUUAUUGCCUUUAUCCAUAUGAUAAUAAAAAUAGUGAUAAAUAUAUGAAUAGAGAAGAUGUAGAAAUAAGAAAAGAACUGGAUGCGUUUAUAAAACACGGAUGUUCUGAUACAAAACUAAUGUAUACAAUUUGGUGUAGAGUUAUGAAGAAUGAGGAAGACAAAUAUUAUUUAGUAAAAGAGGAACUACAUAAUUUUUAUGAGAACUUACCAAAAAGUAAAUUUGUACCAUUAGAUAUUUCGAAUAGAUUAUUUUAUAGUUGUAAUGAUAUAAUUUUUAUCAAUGGAAUAAAUAAUGAGCCUUAUAUUGUUGACAUAUUUGAAAUAUGGUUCAAGAAUAAUGAAACGAACAUUCGAGAAUAUAAAAUUCUUUUGGAUGCAACUAAAUUAUCAUGGAGAAAAUUAAAGGAAGAUGUAUUAAAUUCAUGUAAAGAAAUUAUGAUGAAUGGUGUAAAUAAUUUUAUGAAUACAUAUGUAAAGUUAAAUGAAACUUUAAGAAGUGAGGAAUGUAUUGAUUGUGAAAAUAAUGAUGUUAAGGUAGAAAAUACCGAAGAAGAAGAAAAACAAGAAGAUGAUAAAGUAGAUAAAAUGGAUAAUGAAAAUGUAACUGAAAAAGGUCAUGAAAAAGAAGUCGAAGAGCAUAAUAAUAAAAUAAAAAAUGAACGUAGGCGAAGAAAAGGAAAGAAAUAUAAGGACAAAGUAAAAAAUGUGGAUAAUAAAAAACUAUCAAGUCAAAACAAAGAAGAAAGAUUAACAAUAAAUGAAGAUACGAAAAAGCAAAAACAAAAUGACUUGAAUAGUACAAAAUUUUCUGAUUAUUGUAAAAAAAUGAAUAUGGAUAACUCUAUAAAUAUAUUAUGUUAUUAUAAUCCAUCAAUAAGUAAUUAUAAAAAGUGCCUCAUAGAGGCUCCAUAUAUUGAUGAAUAUAAAAUAGAUGAUGUAUAUGAAGAAAAAUAUAAAUAA